AGUGCCAGCCCAAACGCAGCUCAGAAACUGAAUACAUUGUAUGUGUCACCUAGAGAGGUAAUAAUAAUGGCAGAUGACAAGGAUGUCCUCCGAGAUGUGUGGUUCGGCAGGAUCCCGGCCUGUUUCACCCUGUCUCCAGAGGAAACCACAGAGAGAGAGGCUGAACCCUACUAUCUGCUCCUCCCACGGGUCAGUUACCUGACGCUAGUCACUGAUAAAGUCAAGAAACACUUCCUCCGAGUCAUGAAGGCAGAAGACGUGGAGGAGAUGUGGUUAGAAUACGAGGGAACGCCUCUCAAAUGGCACUAUCCCAUUGGCGUUUUGUUUGAUCUCCACGCUUCAAACACAGCUCUGCCCUGGAAUGUCACAGUGCACUUUAAGAACUUCCCAGAAGAUGACUUGCUUCACUGCGCAUCGAAUUCUGUGAUAGAAGCGCAUUUCAUGUCAUGCAUUAAAGAGGCAGAUGCACUCAAACACAAAGGCCAAGUCAUCAACGACAUGCAGAAGAAAGACCAUAAACAACUGUGGAUGGGUCUGCAGAACGAUAAAUUCGACCAGUUCUGGGCCAUGAAUCGUAAGCUCAUGGAGUAUCCUACCGAAGAGGGAGGCUUCCGCUAUAUCCCCUUUAGAAUAUAUCAGACGAUGAGUGACAGACCGUUCAUCCAAAAGCUCUUCCGACCAGUGUCUCCUGAAGGCCACACGCUUACGUUGGGAGACCUGCUGAAGGAGCUGUUUCCUGCUGCCAUAUGUGCGGAAGGAGGUUGGCAUCAAAGAUGAGAGGCAGAGACAUUAGAGGAAAACAAAUCUUUAACAUCUCGAGAUUUACAAAGGAGAUGAGAAAUAGGGAAAAGAAAGAAAAGGACAAAUCAGGGUUGGAUGAAUGAAAUCCACAGCCAAAACAUGGGCGGUCUUGGUUUCUCCUGAGAGGAAGUAGAUAAGCAGACAAUAGCAGUGACAAACGGAGCACCUGCAGGCAGACAUGCCUGCAUGACGGAGCACAUCUGUGCUGCUUCCAGCCCAAUUCAAGACCUGCUUGCUUUGUCUGAAAGGCCUGGUGGUUUGGUUGAAGAGAAAGUGGCACUUUGUGCUUCUCUUUUUGUUAUCGUUCGGUCUCUUCCAGAUAUGUGGGGUUUGCUUUGAUAGCAGCGCAGAGCAAAGUGUUGAGAUUACAAGGAAAAAUGUGUCUACUUACUCAACCUGAAAAAUACCUUUUCUGUGUCAGGAUUUUUGUUUAUCACCAUGUCGGCUUGAUUCAUCUCAAUUACACAUGAGUGAAAAUCUGCAUUUUGUAACUUUAAACAUGUUGUUUUAUCAGCAGAUGAGGUUUUCUGUUUUAUGAAAGGCUUUGAUGAGUUACAGUACUGUUAUGUUUGCAGUGUAAUGGGGAUUCCCACAAAUAAAAAUAAAAAGCAUAUGCCAGACUGACAUGUAAUGUCCCUGCCAUAUUAAAGCCAUCUGUAUGUCUCGAACACCCAGCAGUAUGGAAUCUAUCACUAGAUAUUCACCACUUCGGGGGUAAAAAUGGAGACAUGCUCAAACGGUGUGGUCUCUCCUACGCUUUUCACAAUAAGAUGAAGAUUUGAUAUAUCAAAAUGGCAAUACAUGGUACUCUAAAAACUUUCCCAUGUUCUGCUUAAGAAGUCGGUCAGAAUCGUAAGAGGUUUUAUAGUAAAUAAGAGGUGUGUGGUGGUAUUAUUUCAAAUAAAUGAAUUGCACAGAAAACCCCCGCCCAACAGCUCUUGAUGUCAACCCACGCUGCGAGUGGGGAAACCUCCAGCUGGCCCUCCCACCUCCAUCACCACCAGCACGUCUCACUACUCAACCUGUGGCAGGCACUGAAAUAUCACUUUUUGAUCACUUUGUCUUCUAAUGUGGUGAAAAAAAGGGUCAUUGACUCUGUAGAGUCAAAUGAUGAACUCUGUAGACUGAUUCAUUUUAAAGUUAGAAAUCAGGCUUUUAGACAGAUAAUGUCAACUGUGUUUCAUAUGUUGGAUAUAAAGGCUUCUGGGUAGUUUACCCAGUAGUUAGUGUUCAUGCAAUUUUUUUUUUUUUAUAAACUAUAUAUGAAUGUAUAAGGAAAUGCAUGUACAUUAGGUCAGGUUUUGCAAUAAUUUUAAACUUUACUCUUGCUUUAAAGGGAUACUUCAUCCAAAAUUUACUUACUCGUGUCAUUCCAAACCAAUAAAACAUUUGUUCAUCAUUGAGACCCAAAUGGAAAUAUUUUAAUCAAACCUGAGAGAUUUCUGUUUUUCCGUUAAAAGUCCAUUCAUCCAAAACUUUGUGUUCAUAAAAACAUUGUAAAGUAAUCCAUAUAAAAUUAGCCAUUUAAUCCAACUCUUCUGAGUAGUCAUGAUUGAUUUAUA